AUGUGCUCACCACUCUCUCUACCAUCUCAUGUGCUCACCACUCUCUUUGCCAUCUCAUGUGCUCACCACUCUCUUUGCCAUCCCAUGUGCUCACCACUCUCUCUACCAUCUCAUGUGCUCACCACUCUCUCUACCAUCCCAUGUGCUCACCACUCUCUCUACCAUCUCAUGUGCUCACCACUCUCUCUGCCAUCCCAUGUGCUCACCACUCUGUCUGCCAUCCCAUGUGCUCACCACUCUCUCUGCCAUCUCAUGUGCUCACCACUCUCUCUGCCAUCUCAUGUGCUCACCACUCUCUUUGCCAUCACAUGUGCUCACCACUCUCUCUGCCAUCUCAUGUGCUCGCCACUCCCUCUGCCAUCUCAUGUGCUCACCACUCUCUUUGCCAUCUCAUGUGCUCACCACUCUCUCUGCCGUCUCAUGAGCUCACCACUCUCUCUGCCAUCCCAUGUGCUCACCACUCUGUCUGCCAUCCCAUGUGCUCACCACUAUCUCUACCAUCUCAUGUGCUCACCACUCUCUCUGCCAUCCCAUGUGCUCACCACUCUGUCAGCCAUCUCAUGUGCUCACCACUCUCUCUGCCAUCUCAUGUGCUCACCACUCUGUCUGCCAUCCCAUGUGCUCACCACUCUCUCUACCAUCUCAUGUGCUCACCACUCUCUCUGCCAUCCCAUGUGCUCACCACUCUGUCAGCCAUCUCAUGUGCUCACCACUCUCUCUUCCAUCCCAUGUGCUCACCACUCUCUCUGCCAUCUCAUGUGCUCACCACUCUCUCUGCCAUCCCAGCCAUCUCAUGUGCUCACCACUCUCUCUGCCAUCUCAUGUGCUCACCACUCUCUCUACCAUCUCAUGUGCUCACCACUCUCUCUGCCAUCCCAUGUGAUCACCACUCUGUCUGCCAUCCCAUGUGCUCACCACUCUCUCUGCCAUCCCAUGUGCUCACCACUCUCUCUGCCAUCUCAUGUGCUCACCACUCUCUCUGCCAUCUCAUGUGCUCACCACUCUCUUUGCCAUCCCAUGUGCUCACCACUCUCUCUACCAUCUCAUGUGCUCACCACUCUCUCUACCAUCUCAUGUGCUCACCACUCUCUCUGCCAUCCCAUGUGCUCACCACUCUGUCUGCCUUCCCAUGUGCUCACCACUCUCUCUGCCAUCUCAUGUGCUCACCACCCUCUCUGCCAUCUCAUGUGCUCACCACUCUCUCUACCAUCUCAUGUGCACACCACUCUCUCUGCCAUCCCAGGUGCUCACCACUCUGUCUGCCAUCCCAUGUGCUCACCACUCUCUCUGCCAUCUCAUGUGCUCACCACUCUCUCUGCCAUCUCAUGUGCUCACCACUCUCUUUGCCAUCACAUGUGCUCACCACUCUCUCUGCCAUCUCAUGUGCUCACCACUCCCUCUGCCAUCUCAUGUGCUCACCACUCUCUUUGCCAUCUCAUGUGCUCACCACUCUCUCUGCCGUCUCAUGAGCUCACCACUCUCUCUGCCAUCCCAUGUGCUCACCACUCUGUCAGCCAUCUCAUGUGCUCACCACUCUCUCUGCCAUCUCAUGUGCUCACCACUCUCUUUGCCAUCACAUGUGCUCACCACUCUCUCUGCCAUCUCAUGUGCUCACCACUCCCUCUGCCAUCUCAUGUGCUCACCACUCUCUUUGCCAUCUCAUGUGCUCACCACUCUCUCUGCCGUCUCAUGAGCUCACCACUCUCUCUGCCAUCCCAUGUGCUCACCACUCUGUCAGCCAUCUCAUGUGCUCACCACUCUCUCUGCCAUCUCAUGUGCUCACCACUCUCUUUGCCAUCACAUGUGCUCACCACUCUCUCUGCCAUCUCAUGUGCUCACCAUUCUCUCUGCCAUCUCAUGUGCUCACCACUCUCUCUGCCAUCCCAUGUGCUCACCACUCUCUUUGCCAUCCCAUGUGCUCACCACUCUCUCUGCCAUCCCAUGUGCACACCACUCUCUCUGCCAUCCCAGGUGCUCACCACUCUGUCUGCCAUCCCAUGUGCUCACCACUCUCUCUGCCAUCUCAUGUGCUCACCACUCUCUCUGCCAUCUCAUGUGCUCACCACUCUCUUUGCCAUCACAUGUGCUCACCACUCUCUCUGCCAUCUCAUGUGCUCACCACUCCCUCUGCCAUCUCAUGUGCUCACCACUCUCUUUGCCAUCUCAUGUGCUCACCACUCUCUCUGCCGUCUCAUGAGCUCACCACUCUCUCUGCCAUCCCAUGUGCUCACCACUCUGUCAGCCAUCUCAUGUGCUCACCACUCUCUCUGCCAUCUCAUGUGCUCACCACUCUCUUUGCCAUCACAUGUGCUCACCACUCUCUCUGCCAUCUCAUGUGCUCACCAUUCUCUCUGCCAUCUCAUGUGCUCACCACUCUCUCUGCCAUCCCAUGUGCUCACCACUCUCUUUGCCAUCCCAUGUGCUCACCACUCUCUUGUUGGUGUAAGGGCCUAA